ACGCCACACUCCAGAGGAACUGAGGGGAUCCAAAACAAGUCGGCGAGUCGUUUCCAGCAGUCUACGUGAAAAACACCCCAACUCAAUCGCACCGGGAUUAAUCAUGGUGUUGGGGAUUAAUCAUGGUGUAGAUUUGCUCGAAGUGGCUGCUCUGGAACCAUGGCAACAUGUGAUCCAAUCUAGGACUACUAAACAUAUUGGUUGAAGUAUUUCAACAUUUUUUCACCGACAGAUGAGGGUGAUGAGUCUCUGCAGCGCCUUGCUGCUCAUUGUCGUGCUUCCCAGAGGCUGCCAGGGAGGCAAUAUCCUGGUCUUUCCCAUCGAGGGCAGCCAUUGGGUGAACAUGGACAUUUUCAUCCAAGAGCUGCACUCACGAGGGCACAAUGUGACUAUUGUGCAUCCCAGAAAGACGUGGUACAUCAAGGACAACGCCUCCUAUUACCACACCGUCGCCGUUCCAGUGGAAAAAAGCUUGGACAAAGGGUUCAUCACCAGCUUGGUUUUUGAGAUUAUCAAGUUUGAGAGGGGGUCUCUGCCCUUGGUGACUUUUCUCCACCUGAGCGUUGGCAUGUUCGGAAUGUUCCUGGAAGCUCACAAUAUGGUGGGUGAAUUUACGACGGCGAUGCUUGACGACAACAACCUGAUGAAGAAAUUGAACGACAGUAAGUUUGACCUACUUCUCACUGACCCCUGCUGGGGGGGAGGUGUCAUCAUAGCCAAAUAUUUGAACCUUCCCCUGGUGUACAAUGUUCGCUGGAUAAUUGCUACCGAAGGCCAUCUCACCAUAGCCCCUUCGCCUCUGUCUUACAUUCCUAUUACGGGAACAGGCAACACCAACAAGAUGACCUUUUUUCAAAGAGUCAAAAAUGUUAUUGUGUUUUUCGUAGGCUACACGCAGCAUAACUUGUUGAUGAAAUACAUAUACCAGAAAAUAUGUGACAAAUAUCUGGGGCCUGAUAACGACAUGCAUCAUUUACUCACGUCUGCUCACCUGUGGCUUAUGAGAGCGGACUUUGUCUUUGAGUUUCCUCGCCCAACCAUGCCCAACGUCAUCUACAUGGGAGGCUUCCAGUGUAAACCUGCCAAGCCUCUACCCGAUCACCUGGAGGAGUUCAUGCAAAGUUCUGGAGAGCAUGGAGUCAUCAUCAUGUCUCUGGGGACAUUUGUGGAUGAACUACCUGCCGACUUAGCCGAUGAAAUAGCGGCAGCUUUUGCCGAGCUACCUCAGAAGGUCAUCUGGAGGUAUAAAGGUGCUAAGCCUUCCACUCUGGGGAACAACACUCUUCUGGUGGACUGGAUGCCACAGAACGACCUCCUUGGACAUCCCAAGAUCAAACUCUUUGUGGCUCACGGUGGGACAAAUGGCGUCCAGGAAGCUAUUUAUCAUGGAGUGCCGGUUGUGGGAAUCCCUUUGUUUUUCGACCAGUAUGACAACUUGCUCCGUCUCUCAGACAGAGGGGCGGCCAUCAUCGUCCAGUUAGCAUCACUGGAUAAAGAUAACCUCCUGAAGGCCAUGCAGGAAGUUCUGUUGAAUCCAUCCUACAGGACAAACAUAAAGAGAAUCUCUCGCCUGCACAGAGAUCAGCCCAUCGCGCCAAUCGACAACGCCCUCUUCUGGAUCGAGUUUGUCAUGAGACACAAAGGUGCAGCUCACCUGAGGAGCGAGUCCUACAAGCUGCCCUGGUACGCUUACUACUCUGUGGAUGUGUAUUUGUUCCUAGCUGGUGUUGUCCUAGCGGGAUCCAUGAUGUUUUUCAUCACAAUCAAGUGUUUGUACUCUGCGUUGUGUCGGAAGAAAGUCAAACGCGAGUAGUCAGUCUGGACGUACGCGUUUUUAAAAGUUUGCAUGCACUUGAAAAUCACAGUGGUGCUGCAUCAUCAUUGUCCAACAGGGGUCGUCUGAGGGCCAUGCUCACCACACAGUAUGUGUAUGGUAUGUUGACCCAAAUAUAAGACACCUUUUUUGAAAAUUAUUAAAAGACAAAAUAUUUUUUUUUGGUGUGUUUUCAAGAUAAGUAAAAUAACCACUAGCAGAUUGCAAUAAAAAUGACACCGUAAAUUCCGGUGUAUAAGCCGCACACACUAAAUUUAGAGGAAAUGCAGAUUUGUACAUAUAUAAGCCGUACGUGUCCACUUUAUAAAAUGGCAUAUUGUGGUGCGCACGAGUCCAUGAGGACCAGGCAGCUGUUUAUUUGACAGGAGCCAAUUAUAAGCUAUGAAAAAAUUCACAACAAACUUGUCAACCCAUUGGAUAUUGCAGGAGGUCAUUUACUCAAUAUAACAGUCCGACUCACUGUGUCAUUUUACAAACAACAUUAAGCUCAUCACACAGCAACUUAACACUCAAAAAGAUACCUAGAAAAUAUACAUUACAAGAACCACUAGAUGUUUAAAAUAACAAACAGCAGCUAUUUUAACAUCGACUCAUAACGCAUUACUGCCAGAAGAGCAGUUCAAUGGAAGACAAGCAGCAUACAAAAUAGUGGAUGGUGCUGCAAUGCUGCCUCUCUCCACCAGAGGAGGCCAGAGGACCCAGAGUCCAGAAGGAGGCUGACGUCAUUGCAGCGUCCAAAUGAUUGUGUUGCUCAGACGCAAUGGAUUAUGGGAAAACUUUAAAAGUCUCUUUUUUUCAUUUUAAACUCUUAUCGGUACAUGUUUCUAUUUGUCAGGUACGCCUUUUGAGUGUUAAGUUGCUGUGUGAUGAACUUAGUGUUAGUACAGUACAUUUACAAUAUGCCUUUAUCCCUAACCAUUUUCAAGCUACAACCAUUUGAAAUAGUAAAACACAAACACACUCUGGCGCCUAAAGGGUUCAUUCAAUUGUACAAAUUGUUACAUUGAAGUAUGCUGGAAAUUACACUGAAAUUACAUGUCUUUGAACACAACCCCUCAUUCCUCAUGAGUUUGAAGUGCGAUUCAAAUGUUCUAUUUGAGACUAGUGUCAGACUAGAUUUUUAGACUUGUGUGGUAUCUUUUAGCCUGUCCUGUCAUUGAUCUUUCUCAUUAAAUACCGUAAAAAUGGGUAUAUUUCACAUAUUUGUGCUAAUGGUGAUUAAUCUUAAUUUAAAAACUGAUUAAUCUGAUUAAAAUUUGUAAUCAUUUGACAGUCCUAAUACCAACUGAUAAGAUGAUGCCUAUUAAUGUGCCUGCAGACUGUAAAUGAUUGUAAGAUGGCUUAUAAGUCAUUACGCAUUGUUAAAGAUAAAAUGUACACUAGAAAGCAGCUAGUUUUCAUAUGUCAUAGUAACAGCCACUUACUGUUGUAUGCGUAGAUUCAGUAUCACUUUUAUUAACUCUAAUAAACAUGUCUCAAUCACUGUGUGCGCCUU